UGCAAAUUGUACGCCGAUUUCUGACGAUCGAGAUUUCAUUUUUUCUCACUCUAAAGUUAUGAAUAAUACUACCGGGGUCAGACAGGACUGCAAGGAUGAUUUCCAACAAUUGAAGACCUUCAAGGCCACAACAAUUCCCAACAUCAUCCUCAUUCUGAUAACAAUGAUGACUUUUGUUGGCGCUGAUGCAUUCACGGUUGACGAUAUCACCGGCAAGUCGACCCAUAGCGCUGAGCGACGUUCUCUCCGUAUGCCGGUGGUGAAGGAGGUUCCCGAUAAUUGCUUGCCACCUCACCAAAGGAGGGACUAUUGUGUGUUCAUCCUCGAGGAUUCUAAUCAAGUCAAUGGUGGCACUUUGCUUGCCUCCAAUAAGUCUGGUGACUUGAGAACGGUCGACUUCGAGCUUGGAGUGUUGCUCGGGUCGGACAAGAGCCCGAUCGAUGUGGGUAUUUGGGUCUCUGGUACGAGUACCUGGGAAUUCAAUAUACCAGGUGACAUAUCGGUUGUAGCUCAGCUCACUGUACCGACCCUUUCGAAGCACGGCGGGCAUGAUGUUGGUGAGUUGAAGAAAAUCGACUUUCCAAUGUCCCUGGAAACCUGGGUAACUGUCCCUCACUUCGGUAUGGUGCAAGCAAAGGGGCAGGACAGUGGUACGGCGUAUGUGCAUACGAACACAUCCAAAAAUGGAACGCAUGAGCUCACGGCGAACAUCCUAGCGAGUAACGUCAACGGUCCACUGAGCUCGAGCAUAAGGGUUCUUGUCGAAAAUAUUUACAAUCAAGAGAGACAAGCAUGGGAGUUCACAACCGUUAUUUCAUUGGGUUUCGACGUGCUUAUAGAUCAUUUACAGAUCUCCUACUUGAAUACCAUUCUCCUCCUUCAUGUUCUAAUGCCAUUCAAGUUUCCUUCUCGUUCCGAAUAGUCAAGUAUCGUUACCAUCACUAUUCUAUAUUCAUUUUGGUAGUCUUGAUUCUUGGGCAUAUGAGGGGCGCCUAUCGUUCUCGUUGCUCAUCAACAGUCACGGUUGUCGAGGGAAAAAUCCAGCGUGACGCUCCUGGUAUCCAUUUUUUUAUCUUUGAAGCUUUUUAUUGUUGAGCAAAGGAUGGUUGAUUACAGCAGACUACACCAUGUUUGCCAGCUCCAUUGUAGAGCGGCUCACUUUUCGUUGCGCAUGCGUGCUUGUGUACGCGUACUCAUGCUCAUCAGAUCGAUCUCGCUAUGGCCGGAUGGCCCCUUUUUACGACGAUUCAAGUUCUUAGGAUGAGGGUUAAGUUUAUGGAAGAGAUCAUGAAACUAAGUAGUUGUUCUUUUGGGUCCAGA